AUUCAAACUGAGAAUGUCAGGUGCACAUCAAGCUUCUUUUCGCGGCCAGGCUAAGACUAGGAACUGAAUAGUAAAGAACAAUACUUCACUUUCAAAACUGGAGAAGCCAGUUAAUUCAGAAUUCAAUGAUGCAGUCAUUUAAAAGAAAGAACACUACACUGAAGCAUCAUGAGAUUGCAGAUUGCCAGUCAAAAGUGUCUGUGUUGUUUUCAGCUGUUAGGAACAAGUGCAGGCCUCUAUUAGCAUCAUCUACAUUCGAAGGAGACGGGGAUGGAGUAUUUUCGCAUCCUGAAAUUCCCAAAUGUGAGGUUAUAUUGCAAAGAAAACAAGGCGAGGAGCACAACUCACCUUCUAUUUUUGAACAAAAUGGAAUGGUAGCUAAUCCAACAAACAAUCCUUAUGUGCAUAAUUCGACUGCUAAAAGCCAUAAAUCGAAAAGAUGUAGGUUCCAGAAGAGGUUUACUCGGAAGCCAAUUAAUGAGUAUAAAGGGAGUAAGAUUAAAACAACAAAGUCUUUCCAGCUUAGAAUGGAGAACAGGAGAACUCAUGGAAGUAUCAUUCAUAAUAAUAUCCGCCCUAAGUCAGCUAGUCUCAUGUCAAGAAUCAAGAGAAAGAGUUAUAAUAAGAUUGUAGAAAAAUAGGACCUCAAGCAAAGCUAGGAAGUACAAAAAAUUGAUAGUCCAGAAUUCAAAGAAAAUGAGGCUUCUGUCAUCCGCUCAUCCAAAUAAUCAGGCUAGUGAAGCAAGAAGGUUAGAUUUGGCCCGAGCUGAAAAACUAAAUAUGACUACAAAUAAGGGUAACCCCUAUACGAUGACUCAAAACAUCAUAAUUGAUCACUAAAAGCUAAA